CGCUUCCCGUAACUGAUGUCGACGGCAAUUGCCGCGGCACGUGCCAAGACGAAGGGGAAGACUCUCCUGAAGGAUAUUCUGAAUGCAUAUGGAGAAAUUGACAGCGUGGAGGCAUCUGCUGAGGCGAUCUCGGAUUGGAACCGACGAAAGAAAGAAGCCAUCGCUAACGGGACUUGGGUGUGGCGAGAAAAUACAAUGGCAUUCGCGAUCCCCAAGUCGAAAGUCGCCACCCACAACAUCAAAGGCGAGUUUGCGUGCCUUACUACCUUGUCUGCAGAGCUCGAUGCAGUUGUGCACGGGCCCACGGCACGAAGAAAUCCUGCUUCGGUUGUUGACGGCAUGCACACGAAAGGGUGUUCGUGGAGUGCGGUGUUUGACGGCAAAUUCUACACCUGCACGAACGAACUGCAUUCCGAGACGGAGGUGAUGGCGAGGCGAUGCAACUGGCAUGCAAUCGAGUGUCGCUCACCGACCCACUCGACGUCGGCGGUGCCUGACAAAACGAUUGCCAUUCCAAACGAAGACGCGCUGUGCUUGUCCUGCUUUGCAACGUCCCGAUCUCGGUUGCCCAAACACCGACAGACACCGCCAGCAUUUGAUCAAGUCAUGAUACCAGGGGUGCAUCGGUCGGAGGCGCAAAAGGUCCAAGCGAAACUUGACAUUGUCACACAAGCCAAAGUCAAACCCACCAUGUCCACAAAUCAAGAACUCUCAAAAACAUCGACAUGUGCUUGGCGAGGACACAAACCCGGUCAAAAGACAUUCCAGCCACACGUGUGCCACCGCACAGUCCUGCUCCAUCCCAUCUACGGCACGUACUUGCCCAUGUGCGGCUACCAUCAAUCGCCAUGCGUCCGAAACCUGACCAAAGGCACCGUGUGUCCUCGCAUUGUACAGUUCAACGCGUACGGGCUGUGUCACAACCACUACGAAGCUCUCAUGGCCACACUGCCAUUUCACGAACGCCGUGCAGACAAAACAUUUGACUCGCCGUUUGACCCACCCGACGUGUACAUGGAUAUCGACAAAGGCAGGGCCGCAGUGGCCCCACAUCCACUUGCGCCAAAACUUCCGCCUCCCCCCUUGACUACCCCCUCUCCUGACUCGACAGUGCCCUCAACGUCGCUCAUUCGAGGCACCCUGACGUCGGUAUUUGCCGCGUGGACAUCUCCUGUCCAAACACUGUGGUGGCAAAUCAACUAUGUGCGACAAGGACCACGUAUUGCUACGCGCCUCCAAGCGAUCUUUCGAGGCAAACAAGCACGCAAGCAAGUUCAUCGGAUGCUGUUGGAGACAUAUGCCCGCAAGCGCACGAAAGCAGCCAUCCUCCUUCAAAAACACUUUCGAGCUCGUCAAGCUAAGCGCCAUGUUGUCCAAUACCGAGACGUCCUUCUUCGGACGUCAAUGUUGCUCCAGCGCAUGGCGAGGGGGUACAUCUCACGUCGGCGAGUGCACCGCACAAGACGUUUUCGCCGGCUUUGCCACGCAGUCGGGGUUUACUUAACAGUUCGGCGGGCGAUUUCCAUCUUGCACUUCCGUGUGGACACGCGUCGUGGUCUCUCACGUGGCAGCGAUCGCGAUCGUUUGAUCUCGUUGUCUUUGCUCCAACGGCGCCAUGCAGCCCGAGUUCUCGCACGGGCCAUGCGCGCGUGGAAAAAGGACAAGCUGCAAAAACGUCAGCAAGGCGAGCUCAAGUUCAAAACGUUCCUGAGCUCUGUCACAAUCCAGCGAGCGUGGAAGCGGUACCAAAAGCUCAAGUGGCUUCAUGCGCGAUUCCAUGCCGCCCAACGCAUUCAAGCGCGUAUUCGAGGCGAUCUCACGCGAUGCUUGUGGGCCAACGACCCUGGCAUUUCAUCCACAGUCCUGUGGAUAAACCCCCGCAGUGGAUUUGCAUACGUUCGGCAUCGACUCGAUCCCACAGCGUCGCCAUCGUACUCGGUGGUCCGACGGAGCAUGCGGCGAGAUGUUGCGGCUCGAAUGAUCCAACUCCAUUUCCGCGGGUAUGUGGGUCGCGUGGCGGCCAACACAGCUUGGGCCAACAUGGAAAAACGAUGGCAGUGGAUCGAUCCAAGCCAAGACCGGCGAGUCUUGAGAACGCUGCUACCACACACGUUUUACCACGAAGACAAACACCACCACAUGCGGCCAAUUUUCAACGUGCCUGUGCCGUAUCGUGCGUUUGCGUAUGAAUUCCAGGGGGUUGUGGAUUUGCUGGACGAUCAAGACGGCCUUCGUUGCGCGAACAUGCCACCGCGCCGCCCGACUCCGCCCACCCCAUGGACUGUUGUCGAGUGCCCUCUAUCGGCCGACUCGACAUUGUCGCUUCGAUUUCCACCCACACAGUCCAUCAUUGAGUCGUCGUUGCUCGACACUGUCGGCAUCACGUCGACCAAGGCCAUGUACCCAAUUGGAGCGAUCGUGUACGUCCACCUCCCAAACAAGAAAAUGCACCCAGCGACGAUAACACGCAUCCAUGUCGAGACGGACUCGUUCGACGUGGCAUUUCUUCCCGGCCUGGUGUCGAUUCGAGGAAUUGCGAUCACGGAGGCCAAGAACAUCCACGUGAGUCGGAUGCAGCUCGAACCCCCGCCCACGCGUCCUGUCACACUGACGCACUGCAUCCACGCCGAACGAAAGCGCGUGGCAGCUCUUCCGACCUCUGCCAAGUUGCCCGACAAGUCGGCAUCACGUAAUAUCAUUCCCAAGAGAUCGUGGCCAGAUGUCGCGUCGAGGUUUCACGCGCUUGUCACGUGCGUCCGAGAUCAUCACCGCCGGCUCUUGACCGAGCCACCGCUUUGGAUGCGAUUCGUAUUUGAUCAUCGCGACUUUCUGGACCAGUAUUGGCUGCGCUUGCUGCACGACAUCGAGCACGGCCACCCAACGGACCCGCACUACCCAAGUUCGUGCCCCAUGGAGGGCAUGAUCUUGCCCUUGCCCCAUGUGGCCAAGUGGAUGAAGACGAAAUUGUUGUCGUUGGGGUUGGAAGCUACGGCGUUGGCCAACCAAGUUCCUCCCAAACCGCGCCACGCAGCUGGCAAGGCGGUGCAGCAGUGUUCGCAGCACGCUGUCAUCCCGACGACAUACGUCGACGACAUAGAGGCCACAUUUCUUCAACGCGACAUGCGACUGCAAAGCCCUGCCAAUUCUGACCGUCACGCUUCUCGGGAUGAUCUUGAUACCCCCAAUGCGUCGAGUGUGUCGCUGGCGGACAUUCAUAAACUCGUGUACCACCUCAAGAGCUUACCUGGCCACGUGCCAGACCACGUCUUGCAAGUAACCACGCGCAACGUCCGCACGUUUGUGUGCAGCCACCCAGCAUGCGGGCGCUGUUUUUCCACGCGGGAAGGCGCUCGACUUCACAAAGAACUGCACUCGAACAAGCCACGUUUUGCAGGCGGCAAUCCCUUGGUCGACCAGUACAUGCACAAACACUGGCCACCCGAAAGUCCAUGGCGCGAUGAAAACCAAAUGGCCAUCCAAGGAACGGCUAACACGGGGUUUCAGUGUCCGGUGUGCGAUCGAUCGUUUCCAACAAGACGUGAAGCAUUGCGCCAUGCGAGUGCUGCGCAUGGUCACGAGCAGCCGCGGGAACAAGUGAGCACAACAAAUCCCAACAUUAUUUGGCUUGGGACAUCGCGCACGAUCAACGACAUUGCAAAUCGGUUUCCCGAGCUUCGCAGGCCCCGCGUGUGCCCCACGUGCUCACGCAAGAUGGCCCAACCCGACCCAGUUUGCCGAUUGUACCCAUCCGUGUGCAUCUUGAUGGAAUCGGCCGUCAUUUUUGCGACAGACUUCAAGGCACUGUCGCCUCAAUUCCACGUCACUUGCCCGGACUGCGGCUUCAGGACAGACACCCCGGGCUCCAAGUCAUCCGUGUACCUGAACAUGCACGUUUUGUGCCGCGACAGGCAUGGGGUCGAUUGGGCGUUGGGCAACUUGUAUCAUGCUCCCCCCGCCGUCGCUUCCCUCGGUGAAGCUCUCAUCUUAGGUUACGACUACACGUACGAGGUCCUGCUGCAAUCGCCCUUGGUGUGCAUGCCAUUGACCCAAUGCAAUGGAUAUGCCAUUGUCCACACGUGCUCCCGCACUUACUUUCAUCGCAAAGUGAAGGCGGUCAUACCACCUGGGCAAGUCGAAAAAUUCUGCCGCGUGCUUCGUCCAUCAUCCCAACACGCAAAACCCCCACCGUCCGCGGCCCCAACAGGUGCAAGGCCAGAACAGUCGGCUUGAUGUUUCAAGCCAUCCCACACGAUUGAAUGAAGCCACUAUCCUUCCAAG